GUUUAUUAUUAAAAGAGGGAAAACGGAAAAUUGAAGGAGAAGACGUGAGAAGAGUUGACGUUUUUUCUCAUUAACUAGGCAGAGUGCGCCGAGCACUGCGUUCAGUUGGAUUCUGUGUGCUCACCGCCUUCGCUCACCAGUCGCCACCUCCUCUUUUCUCUUACACAACGAUGGAUUGGCAAGGACAAAAGCUAGCAGAGCAGCUGAUGCAGAUAUUGCUGCUUGCCUUUGCUGUGGUUGCAUUCACAACUGGAUACUUUACGGCUUCUUUCCAAUUGAUGAUCCUCACAUAUUUUGGUGGUGUGAUUCUCACUACAUUGGUGACCGUCCCUAAUUGGCCCUUCUACAAUCGCCAUCCUCUCAAGUGGUUGGACUCGAGCGAGGUAGAAAAGCAUCCGAAGCCACAGCCGUCGGCAAACUCAACUUCGAAGAAGAAACCUGUUAAGAAGUAAGACUUGGAAUAAUAAGAAAAUAUCACUUAUUGUGGUACUAGAAAUACAUGAUUUUAAAGUUUAAUUUGUUUAUACUUUUGACAGUAAUUUGCAUCCUAUUUUCUACCCCUCCCUUUCCCUAUCAGUAGAUUUUCCAGUAUGCUUUUGCAUAGACUACAACAAUAUAUUUGCUUGCCUUGGUUA